CACAUCACGGUGCUGCGCGGCGCCGCCCCGCCCGCCCGCGCCAACCGCACCCGCGCCCAGCGCCAGAACACUCUGACUGUGGAGGAUCAAUCUGCUUCUGACAGCAGCUUCACGCUAAACCCUGAGGACAGAAGAGAAUAUCCUGACCACCAGGCAGCACACCGCCCAAUCCCCAAACAACGAUUCAGGCAGGAAAAUGGACACACAUCCUUACAGAGAGAUGGACCCAGAUCGUUCCUUCUGGAUCUCCCAAAUUUUCCUGACCUAUCAAAAGCUGAUAUUAAUGGGCAAAACCCCAACAUUCAGGUUACCAUAGAAGUGGUUGACGCUACUGAUGCUGAACCAGAGAAGGACCUGCACAAAGAAAGCAGCAAGCCCAGCUGGUCAGUCCCAUCACCUGACUGGAGAAACUGGUGGCAGAGGUCCUCGACUUUGACUCGCAUGAGUAGUGGUGAUCAGGACUACAAGUAUGACAGCACCACCGAAGAUAGCAACUUCCUAAACCCUCUCGGUGGGUGGGAUAGGCAUGCACCCGGUCACCGGACUUUUGAAUCCAAGGAGCAGACAGAGUAUGAUUAUAUUGAUGGUGACGGAGACUGGAGCCCGUGGUCCGUUUGCAGUGUGACCUGUGGGAGUGGCAAUCAGAAGCGGACCAGGUCCUGCGGCUAUGCCUGCACAGCCACAGAGUCAAGGACAUGUGAUCGCCCAAACUGUCCAGGGAUCGAAGAUACCUUCAGGACAGCUGCCACAGAAGUGAGCUUACUUGCAGGAAGUGAAGACUUCAAUGCCACCAAGCUAUUUGAAGUUGAUACUGACAGCUGUGAAAGAUGGAUGAGCUGUAAAAGUGAGUUCCUGAAGAAAUACAUGCACAAAGUAGUCAAUGACCUUCCCAGCUGCCCUUGCUCCUACCCCACAGAAGUUGCCUACAGCACUGCUGAGAUAUACGAUCGGAGUAAGCGGAAAAACUUUCGCUGGAAAGAUGCGAGUGGGCCAAAGGAAAAACUGGAGAUAUAUAAACCCACUGCACGCUACUGCAUCCGGUCCAUGCUUUCCUUAGAGAGCACAACUCUAGCAGCACAGCACUGCUGCUACGAUGACAAUAUGCAGCUGAUCACCAGGGGUAAAGGGGCAGGCACGCCAAACCUGAUCAGCAUUGAAUUUUCAGCGGAGCUCCAUUACAAAGUAGACAUUUUGCCUUGGAUUAUCUGCAAAGGGGACUGGAGCAGAUACAAUGAGGCACGGCCGCCUAAUAAUGGCCAGAAAUGUACAGAAAACCCUUCAGAUGAAGACUAUUAUAGGCAGUUCCAAGAAGCAAGAGAAUACUGAAAAGACUGGACUCCUCAGACAGCCUUUGUUGCUGCAAGACUGAAAACAUUCGUUGAAUGAUCUGCUUGAAAAGGGAAAGAUUGCUUUUUCUUCCUAACAAAUGUAUAUAUCUGUAUAUAAUACAUGGGUAUUUUUGCAGUGUGUGUAAUUUAUAUAUGCAUUUCUCACACACUCAGCUCUCUUGCUUCAUACAAACAUGUACACACGUUUUCCUGAUAAACAUAUGUAGCAGAAACUUACUUUUUAAAUUCAAAACCUCGAGAAAAUUAAUAUAGUUGGGCUAAAAGAAGGGCUUUGCUUCCACAUCACACUUGCAAAAUCCAAGUCAAACUUUGAUCCUACCCUCAUUAAGGUCAAUAGCAAAAUACCUGUUGAUUCAGGUAUAUGAGCGAGGAUCUGCCCUUCACCACAGCAUUGGAUGUGUGUGAAGUAAGCGAAGCCUGGGGAUAAAUGAAAUGAGAAUCAGCAAAACACUUAAGCAUGUACUUAAACCCUCUGACCAGAACAGGAUUUUAAGCCUGGGUUUUGCUGCACUAGGACCACCACCAAAUUGAACCACCACCAAACAUUCUGAAGCAAGCAGUUUUUACACAUAACUUAUUUAAUAUGAAUAUAGAUGUUUUAAAAGUAUUUUCUCUGGAGAAGCAUUUGUGAAAAUGUUUAGUCCUGUUUCUACGGGGCAGGAGGAGAUUUUAGGGAUGGAAGAAUACUAAUUAUUGGAAGGGGAAAAGCAAGUAGGAAUACUGGUAACAAGGAAACCAAGCCCAAACCCUAAUCACUCCUUGCUAGAAAGCUACUUAGCUUUUCAUCCAAACGGGUCCGGGCAAACGCAUCUGGGGUGAGCUGUCAAGGAGACGCAGCCUUGCAGCUACCCCAGAAGAAUCCAAAGACUUGGACCUUGCAAAGACGUACAAGUAGGUGGUUUCAUGGGCAGAUCCACAGCUGGCGAGACUUGUCAUAGUUCCCCCUCAUGUCAAUGGAUUUAUGCCAUUUUAUGGAGUAAGGAUCCGUUUCGUGGUGUGCAUGUAAAGCACAGGGCCUAAAAAGCCCAAACUUGCUCUGGCUGGUGACUCUGGUUAAAAAGAUACUAACACAAAGCUUGAGGAAUCAGUCUCCAAACUGAAUUUGAAGGAUUCUGCUAAGAAAGAGGCACUUUUUGAAAGAGGAGAAACAGGCUUUACAUUGUUUUUAAAAUAUAUGUACUAAGAUACAGAGGUGGCAUUUUAUAAUUCUUUCCAGUAAUGCAUUAAGUGCACAGUAUUAUACAGAAAAACUUAUUUUUCAAAGAGGGAAGGGAGGGCGAGUUCUAGAACUGUUCAUGAUGUUAAGGGAGAAAACCUCUGCAUUAUUUUUGUAAAGUAUUUAUUAAGUUUAUAGUAAGUCAUGCUUUGGGGUAUUUUAACAUGCAGUGCUUCUGUAAAUGGAACAUGAUUGCCAGGAAAGAAAUUAUUGCGAGGCAAAUGUUUCUCUUGCAGUUUUCCGUAAAAAGCAACUCUAUAAAUAAACCUGUAAUUAAACAGUU